AUGCCGUUCGGGAGCCUGUCUGGUCUGAAGGAGCGGGUUCUCAGGCCCGGGACGGAGGAGGUGAAGAACACCAUGGGGGACUCCCUGGGGACCCUGCAGAAAAAAAUCGACGGCACCAAUGUGGAGCAGGAAGAGCCCAUGGAGCUGACAGAGGACGGGCGCCCCGUGGCGGCAGCGCCCCGUAAGGCCCCGCUGUGGGACUGCGGCUGCUGUGGCCUGCCCAAGCGUUACAUCAUCGCCGUCCUCAGCGGCCUGGGCUUCUGCAUCUCCUUCGGCAUCCGCUGCAACCUGGGCGUGGCCAUCGUGGAGAUGGUCAACAACAACACCGUCUACAUCAACGGGACCCCUGUCAUGCAGCCAGCACAGUUUAACUGGGACCCGGAGACGGUUGGCCUGAUCCACGGCUCCUUCUUCUGGGGGUACAUUGUCACCCAGAUCCCUGGCGGCUUCAUUUCCAACAAGCUGGCAGCCAACAGGGUGUUCGGUGCAGCCAUUUUCCUGACCUCCAUCCUCAACAUGUUCAUCCCUUCAGCGGCAAGGGUGCACUAUGGCUGCGUCAUGUUCGUCCGCAUCCUACAGGGCCUGGUGGAGGGUGUCACGUACCCAGCAUGCCAUGGGAUGUGGAGCAAGUGGGCGCCCCCGCUGGAACGAAGCCGGCUGGCAACCACAUCCUUUUGUGGUUCUUAUGCAGGUGCGGUCAUUGCCAUGCCUCUGGCUGGCAUCUUGGUGCAGUAUGUAGGAUGGUCCUCUGUGUUCUACAUAUACGGAGUUUUUGGGAUCAUAUGGUACAGCUUUUGGCUUAUGUUAGCCUAUGAGAGCCCCGCUGUACACCCAACCAUCAGCGAGGAGGAGAAGAUAUACAUCGAGACCACCAUCGGGGAGGGAGUCAAUUUGAUGGGUGUAACUGAGAAGUUCAAGACACCCUGGCGCCGGUUCUUCACCUCCAUGCCUGUCUACGCCAUCAUCGUAGCCAACUUCUGCCGUAGCUGGACCUUCUACUUGCUGCUCAUCAGUCAGCCCGCUUAUUUUGAGGAAGUCUUCGGCUUCCCCAUCAGCAAGGUGGGAAUCCUCUCAGCUGUUCCCCACAUGGUGAUGACCAUUGUGGUCCCCAUUGGAGGUCAGCUUGCCGAUUUUCUACGUAGCCGCAAGAUUCUGUCCACCACUACGGUGCGCAAGAUCAUGAACUGUGGAGGGUUUGGGAUGGAGGCCACCCUGUUGCUGGUGGUUGGAUUCUCCCACACAAGGGGCGUGGCCAUCUCCUUCCUCGUGCUGGCUGUGGGCUUCAGUGGAUUUGCCAUCUCAGGGUUCAAUGUGAAUCAUCUGGACAUUGCUCCCCGCUACGCCAGUAUCCUGAUGGGAAUAUCCAAUGGUGUGGGGACUCUGUCAGGCAUGGUGUGUCCACUCAUCGUAGGAGCUCUGACCAAACACAAGACCCGUCUGGAGUGGCAGAACGUGUUUGUGAUUGCGGCCAUGGUCCACUACACUGGGGUCGUCUUCUAUGCCAUCUUCGCCUCGGGGGAGAAGCAGGACUGGGCGGACCCGGAGAGCACCAGCGAUGACAAGUGCGGCCUCGUCGACCAGGACGAGCUGGCCGAGGAGACGGAGCUAAACAGCGAGAGCACCCUGACCCAGGGGAAGAAGAUGUCGUACGGGGCCACCGCGGAGAACCCCAACACCCGCAAGCAGGGCUGGAGGAAUAAGAAAGGUGUCACCAUGCAGGAGGAGGAAAGCUCGUACCACUAUGAGAAUGGAAGCUACCGGGACCACCAGUGA